GACAACUGUCAGUUUUGUUGUUUUGAAUUUUUCGUUUGUUUUUAUUACAGAGGUUAUGUAUUGUAUCAAGAAGGAUUUAUGCGUUUAAAAUGAGUUUUAGUUAGCUUCCUUAACUUUAAGGCACUGACAAAAGUAAUAAUGUCUGUCUGUGUUGAUUGGAGCUUUAAGUAAGAAUAAGAGGCGAGAAUUGAAGAAGAAAAUGUCGUCUUUUGAUAGUUUGUCAUCAUCACAAAAAAUUCGCGCCGCUUUGCAUCGGGAUGUGCGAACUAUUGGUACGGAAACUUGCCAUUUCCUUGGUCUGGAGAUAACAAAGCCAGCUGUGGAAAUUGUUGCAGAACUUGUUUAUAAGAAACUGGCAGUUUAUGGUGCCGAUUUGGAAGCUUUUGCAAAGCAUGCCAAACGUUCAACAAUCAACGCUGAUGACGUCAAACUGCUUGUGAGACGAUGUCCUUCUCUGAAAAAUCGUCUGAACGCUAUAACACCGAGUCCUAAAGAGAAGCGAAGAAAGACCAUAGCAAGUAAGCCAUCGGAAACACCAACAUCAAAACAAAGAGAAUCAGAAAACCUGAAUGUAAAACAAAAUGACCCAGAACCUUCGACGUCGAAACAAAAUGUUCCAGAAAGUUCGAAACAGGAAGAAAAGGGGAAUGAAGUAGCGGACUUCGAUAAUAUGGAUGUUGAUGAUAUGAUUGAUCUUACGUUUGAUUAAACCAUUUCAAAUAAAAA